AUGGUGUGCCUGCUGCGAGCGGACACGUUACCAGGGCAGCCGGGCCAACGGACCGCAGACGCCAAAGCGGAUGUCAAUGCAGAGGAGUCGGUGUACUUCGAGAGCAGUGCCAGCUUCCUCGAUCGGGUGCACCGAAUUCAGUCCGAGGACUUGUCGGGUUCAGCCACACGGGCCGCUGCCCAGGUCGUCGACACGAGAGCCAAACACGAAGCCAAGAAGGAGACAGUCUCAUCCAUCUUUGUCGUGGACGAUGGGCCCGAGGAUUCGUCGGACAACACCACCGUCACGGGCACCAAUGUUGCCAAAGCACGUGUGGCCACAUGGACGAACAGGUCAAGCAGUGAGGAUACCAGCGCCACCACCUCGACGACCACGACUACAGCUCCUACGACGACCCAGGUCGUCCAGCCUACAUUUACAUGCACGACGCCCGUGAAGCUCGGGAAUAUGACAGCUGCGGAUGCCAAGGGUCUGGCAAUCGAUGACACGACUUUCUCGCAGUGCCCCUCCUUGGCUUUGACGAAGUGGCCCAACACCCACAACCGCAUCUCAUCAGUGCGCCUAUUCAAAGCUUGGGACUCAAGCUGGGAUGGGAAGUACGAUCGCCAGGCAAUUUGGUUCGCGCUGCGCGAGUACAUCUGGGAGAACAACAUCAAAGUGCUCUUUGGCACAAUGAUCUCCUGCAACGAGACCGCCGACGAUGCAGAUUGGGCCUAUGUGAAGGAGCUGAUGGAGUACAUCGGAUGGUACUACACCAUGGGACUAGCGAUCGGCAACGAGGUCGAGCUCAUCCACAAGCAUCCAGCUAGCUCUCCAGCCUGCAACCUCCGGCUAUUCCAGGGAAAGUACUUCCAGAACAAGGUCAUGGGAGGCUAUGUUCUUUCGGGAGCACCCUUCAUCAACACACCCUACGCCGGUGUAGCCGACUUCUUUCGCUACGUGAGUGGACGGUACGGACGACGCUGGGUGUACACGUGGAACGUCUAUCCCUACUUCGACCCCAACGUCCAGGUCAAUCCCGCCGAUCCCGCAGCUUGUGGGAAAGUGCUGUGGGCCGCGCAAAGCUUCGCUGCCGAUGGCAUGAUCACCACUCAGCUGCGAUCGCUGCGUGCAAGCACGCAGGCUGAUGUCACCUGGCUCGGCGAGACGGGCUGGUCUUUCCCACAAGCGACUACGUUGCACACCCCAAUGUCUGCAUGUCCGGGCUUCUCCGGGCCGGAGAACUUCCUGAAGUACUACCAGCUCCCCGACUUCUCGGGGGUUUUAAGGCGCUUUGGUUGCGGUGUUGAGGGCUCCGAGGGCUGA